AUGCCCGCCCAUGGAUUAUCGCGAGUGACCGUCCCAAGCAUGGAUAGCUACAAUGCGAUCAAAGACAACUUUAGGAAAGCGGUGCUCAAUGUGUUGUCAACCACGCUCCCAGGGAACAAAGACGCGGCAAAGCGGGCUUUACUCGAAAAGGAGCUCCUCAAGUGGGUAGACGACACAUUUGCGCUUGCUGGGCCGAAUCUGCGCGUCAAUGGCGUCAACUUUGAAGAAUAUGUGGAUCAGCCGCGUCGCUUGCCCUUUGACGAGGCGCUGGACCGGACCGUGAUUGCGUUACGGGAGCAAUCGUUGGUCUCGGAGCAGACAAUAGCUGAACGAAGACGGACUGUCCCCGCAAAGGUUCAAGAGCUGCUAGUGGAUUUGCUCGAACGACAGCGGGCGGCGGAAAAGGCCCUUUUGUCGGAGCUCGAAGAGGUACCAUCAGUGGCGGACGAGGACGAAUUCUCCUUUGUUGCGCGAGAACCCGAGUUGCGAGAGGAGAUCCUCGAGGCGCAACGAGAGGCUGAACGACUAAAAGAGACUAUACCGCGCGAGCUUCAGCGUGCACAAUGGGUUCAAGAGGUCUCCGCCGAACUUGCCGCUCAGCCAACGGCACAGAGACAACGUUGA